AAAACAACAGUACAAGCAAGCAAUCACCUCCUCAACUGAAGCAAGCUGCGAAACCAGGAAAACCAGAACAUCCACCAACUCAUUACUUCACACAAGAACAAAUCAAGAUGCACCUCCCAUUCAAGCGCUGCUGCAAGACCAAUGCUACCAAUGCUAGUACCAAUGCUACCAACGCCAAUCCAAAGGCUCCAUCCAAGCAAACUGCAUCCGCACAACAGGAUCUGCGAAAACCACCCAAGCGCAACAGCUCAUCUCGAACUUCCUCCAGAAGUGAGAGACGUGAACGAAAGCGGGAGAAAGCGUCCUCCAUACUGAGCCAAAUGCACCCAGAAGACAUGCUCAUUGCGCUGGAACACCAGGCUAGUGCUGACCAGCAAGCAGCACAAAACUUCUUUGAGUUGAUCCAGACAAUGCCCACUCAUGCUAAUGCUAACAAGAAGCUGGUUGACCUUUAUGACUGCCACUCAGAAGAUGAAUGCAGGGUUGCAGUGUCCACACCAAGAGCAGCAUAAACAAUUCAUAAACAAUGCAUAGACUAUGGAACUGCAUGGCUGUGUGGAAGCAGCCAUUGCACGGCUCAGAUCAUGUUGCUGAUAUGGU